AUGGAAAAUAAUAAUAUAAAGAGUAUUUUCACCAAGUUGGACAUCAAUAAGGACGGACAAAUCUCGGCGGUUGAGCUGGGUGAGUCGCUCAAAAAACUUGGCUCCGUCACGGCCGAAGAGGUCCAACGGAUGAUGGAAGAGAUCGACACUGAUGGGAACGGCUUCAUCUCUUUUAAGGAGUUCUCCGAUUUUGCCGAUGCAAACACUGGAUUGAUCAAGGAUGUCGCCAAGAUAUUCUAA